AUGAAGGCUACUUGGGAUGAUAGUGAUGAAAGUGGAAGUGAAAGUGAGAAUGAAGAUGUGGCCAACUUUUGCUUCAUGGCUCAUAGUGACAAGGAGGAUGAACAAGAUGAUGAGGUUUGUUUGAAAGCUUCCAAGAAAAGUAAGUGGUACUUGGAUAGUGGUUGCUCAAGGCACAUGACGGGAGACCAAUCCAAGUUUGUCACUUUCUCCAAAAAGGAUGGAGAUUUUGUAACCUUUAGUGAUAACAAGAAAGGUAAAAUAAUAGGUAAGGGUAGUAUAGGUAAUGAAUCUUCUAUUUUGAUUGAAGAUGUACUUUUGGUUGAUGGUUUAAAGCAUGACUUACUUAGUAUUAGUCAAUUGUGUGAUAAAGGAUUUAGAGUUGUGUUUGAUAAAAAGAAUUGCAUCAUUGAAAAUGCUAGUGAUAGAAAAGUUUUAUUUGUUGGAAAUAGAGAUGAAAAUGUGUAUACUAUUGAUUUGAAUGAUUAUCCUAUUAGUGAUAAAUGUUUAUCGGUCUUGCAUGAUGAUUCUUGGUUAUGGCAUAGAAGACUAGGACAUGCUAGCAUGCACUUAAUUUCAAAUAUUUCCAAGAAUUCUUUGGUUAGAGGUCUUCCCAAGUUUAAAUUUGAAAAAGAUAAAGUUUGUGAUGCUUGUCAAAUGGUGUCCACAAUGUAG